AUGAAAAAAAGUGAUGAAAUAGAAGAAAUACAAAUUGAGUGUAGAAAAGAAGAAAUAAGUAAUUUAAAGAAGUUUAUUGAUAAGAAAAAUAAGGAAAAUAUACUCCAUAUUAUAGGUAAUCCAGGAACAGGUAAAACAAUGUGUGUUAAUUAUGUAUUGAAUAAUAAAGAUCAUUGCUAUAUAAAUUAUUAUCAAACAACAAGUAUAAUUAAAGAAAUAAAAAAUACAAGAUCAAUGAUAAUAGUAAUAGAUGAAUUUGAUAAGUUUUAUCAAGAAAAGAAGAAAGUUUGUUUAAAUACAAUUUUAACAUUAAAGGCAGCUAAAAAGAAGUUAAUAACAAUAAGUAAUAAUCUAAAAUUAUCACAAUGUAAUUCAAUAUUAAGAUUUAAACCAUAUAGUAAGGAUCAGAUUAAAAACAUCAUUAAACAGAAGUUUAAUAAAAAUUUAUUUGAAAGUGAUAAAGUUAUUGAAAUGAUAGCAAGUAAGUUUAUUAAGAAUGGAGAUAUGAGAGAGGUUGUUAGGUUUAUUUAUAGUAAAUCAUUAAUUCAAGAUAAGAUCGGAAUAAAAGAUUUAAUAGAACAUAAAGGAAAAGAAGAAAUUGUAUCAAUUCAUCAUAAGAUUAUUCUUGAAAAUAAAGAGAAUGAAAAUAAUUUAAAUGAACUUUAUAGAAUUUACUUAUCUGAAUGUAGAAAUCUAGAUAUCCCUCCUUUAUGUUUUAAUGAAUUUAAUUUAAUUAUUGAUAUUUAUAAGUAA